ACAGGGACGCGUCCACAUUGUUUUUGGCGGGUCACACUGAUUUUCGUUCGUUAUAUUCUCCGUUAUUGGCCAUUCUGUCCAUUUUGACAACCACAAAAAUGACGACUGUACGGAGAGCAAUGACAAACGCCCAGCGUGAAAAAAUGAUGGCCAAGUCACGUCACCAGGAAGAGGCUAGGGAGGAUGCUUUGCGCCAUCUCGCUGAGGAACAGAUGCUACAGGCAAAUUUGGCGAGUGAAGAAACAGUUGAAGAGAGAAGGUUCUUGAGACGUUAUCAUAUGGAGCAAAAGGAGAGAGAAAUGGAAGAGGCCAUUGUUAAUGCACAGAGAAACAAAGAGCUGAAAGAGAGACAACUUGAGCAGGAUGAAAAACUGGCUAAAGAGUUGGAGAGAAUCAAGAUGGAGAAACUAAGGGAUGAAAAAAUACGGCAACAACUAAGAGAGGAGAGCCCGGAAUUAAGAGAACUUGAGGCCAUGUUAAAGUCAGCAUACAUGAAUAAGGAAAGAUCAGCACAGAUUGCAGAGAAAGAAGCUCACAAGUAUGAUAAUAUGUACCGUGACGCCGAGAUUGCCCAGCAAAUGAAGGAGGAGCAUGCACGUGCGCAGGAGGCUGAGAGGGUGAAGAUGGAGGAGCGUUACCGCGAGCAGGUCAGGUACCAGCAGGAGCUGGAGAAACAGCUGGAAGAGAAGGAGCUGAAGAGGCAGCAGGCUUACGAAGAGUUCCUCAAGGAGAAGCUCAUGAUUGACGAAAUCGUCAGGAAGAUCUACGAGGAAGACCAAAAAGAUUACGAACUGCGACUGAAAAAGAGGAAAGCUACCCAAGAGUUCAUCGCAGAAUUCACAGAGGCACGCAAACGCUGGAAGGACGAAGAAUGUCGCAGAAUGGAGGAGGAAAACCGCAAAAUUAUGGAGUACGCAAAAUUCCAGAACGAAAGAGAAAAGGAACGAACCCAGGAAAAGAAAAAGAAAGAAGAGCAGAUGUCAAGAGUGCAAGAUGCUUUGUCUAAAGAAAUUGCUGAGCGUGAGGCAGAGAGAGAAGAGAUGGAGAGAGUCAGACUGGAGCUCUACAUGGAAGAGGAAGAAGAGAAAGAGAGACAGAAAGAAAAGGCUGACAUGGAGAGAGCAUUCCGACAGAGACUUGAGUUACAACAGACCCACGCUCAGCAGAUGCACUUCAAGGCUCUGAGGAAACAAGCCGAGAUAGAGGAAGAGGAGGCGUUUAGACAACAGGUUCUGGCUAAGUUUGCCGAGGAUGAUCGUAUUGAGCAGAUGAACGCUCAGAAGAGGAGACUGAAGCAGCAGGAACAUAAGAGAGCUGUUGAGGAGUUGAUCUUGAAAAGGAGGGAACAGUUUGCCAAAGAUAGGGAACUUGAACUGGAGAGUAGGAAGGAGGAAGAAAGAAUGGAACAAUACCGUAAACAAAUCAUUGAGGAAGAAAGGCAAAGGUUGCUACGGGAACAUGCGGCUAGAUUGCUUGGAUACCUGCCCAAGGGUGUCAUCCGUGAUGAGAAGGAUUUGGACAUGCUUGGGCCAGAGUUUAAGGCAGCUUAUGCUAAGACCCAAUUUGACCCAUUUGAUGAGGAAUCUUUGAACAAUUUUAAAUAAGAAAAAGCAUGUACCAAAAUUUUUUUUCUACGUUUUCCGAAAGUUUUACUUGUCCUGAAUGUUGAAAGAUCCCUACUGAAAAUAUUUUCGUGCUAAACUUCUGGUUAAUCUAAAAAUUCUGUGAUAUAUUUUAUCAUUUUCUAAAGUUGAUUCUACUUCUCAAAGAUACAUACUCUCCUCAAAAUAUUUGACAAGUAAAGAGCUGAUGGUAUUUUUUAAUUUUCACAUUUUGUCUGUUUUCUUUUUUCUGUACCAAAUAAAGGUUGUAAAUCGUUGCCCUUAGUGCAUUUAACCAUAAAAAAGUGAAUUAAUUAAUUAUACAUUGUAACAUUUUCUUGGACAGAUAUUGCUCGACAACAUGGCAAGAAAAUCGAGGAAUCGAUACAUGCUUGUUAACCAAAUCUGACAGAUUUAUAUCAUUUUCAG